CUCCACAUGGACGGUCAUGUUUUGGCCACAAAAACUAGUGACGUCACUUCAGCGGCGGAUUCGCAACUGAAGCCGUUUGCAGCGAAUCCGGUCCCGUGUUUGGGGACGCGUGAUUCGCUAAUUUCUGCCGUUUUAACACGGCUGCAAAUUAAACCCUCUCCCUCUCUCUCUCUCUCUCUCCGGCGACGAUCCCCCCCUUCUCUGUCUCUACGGCGACGAUGCUUUCCGCAGACGUCCCUCCAAACCAAACUAUUUACAUUAAGAACCUCAACGAGAAAGUGAAGAAAGAAGAACUGAAGAGAUCUCUUUAUUCUUUAUUCUCUCAAUAUGGAAGGAUUUUGGAUGUUGUUGCACUGAAGACAGCCAAACUUCGAGGCCAAGCGUGGGUUGUAUUUAGUGAAGUUCCAGCUGCUAGUACUGCAGUUCGUCAAAUGCAAAGCUUUCCAUUUUAUGAUAAACCAAUGAGGAUACAAUAUGCAAAAACAAAAUCAGAUUGUGUUGCAAAAGCCGAAGGCUCCUAUAUCCCGAGAGAGAAGAAGAAGAAACAAGAAGAAAAAGCUGAAAGAAAGCGGAAGACUGAAGAGGCACAACAAUCUGGUGCUGUUGCUAAUGGUGCAAGUGCUCAGAGUAAUGGCGGGACUCCUAUUUCUCAAGCAUUCCACCAAGGAAAGUCUGGCCCACAAGAGGCGGCUGCUGCUCCGAACAACAUUCUUUUCAUUCAGAAUCUGCCCCAUGAAACAACGAGCAUGAUGCUGCAGAUGCUUUUCCAACAAUACCCAGGUUUCAGGGAAGUCCGGAUGAUCGAUGCAAAGCCAGGGAUUGCCUUUGUCGAGUUUGGAGACGAUGCGCAGUCGUCUAUUGCCAUGCAGGCUCUACAAGGCUUCAAAAUCACUCCUCAAAACCCCAUGUCCAUUACUUAUGCGAAAAAGUGACAGUGAUACUUGUUUUAGUAGUUGCUUGCUUCUCUGCUUCGUUUUGUUUUGCCUGCCGACUGUGAUAGUCAACGACCGACCACGUAUUCUCACGCAUUGUUUUAUCAACUUGCCAUGAUUGCAUCAAAACUGGGGGUGCACCUUUGGUUUAACAAUUUUCUGUU